ACCCUUCCGCCCCUCUCUCUCUUUCAAUUUCAAAUUUCGAAAUUGGAAUCCUAAGAAAUGAGACCGUUGAAAUUCCUCUUCUCCUUCCUGAGCAGCAAAAAUAGUGUGUCUUAUCUUAUUCUUGCUGAAACACCAUUCUUACUGAAACACCAAAUGAACCCAAAAACCCUACCGGCAUCCACUUUCAUAUUAAUUUAAUUUGAUGGAUCUACAUUAAUAGAGAAGAAAUCAACUAAAAAGCAGCUUAAAAAGGAAGAAAAUAAAACGGAAGAAAUGUAUGAUCAAAGCUGUAGUUUUGCUGCAAAAAUUAGAAACAUGAGACGACAUGGAUGGCAACGUCCUCUUCAUCCAUUACAGAUAGUGGGGAUUGCAAUUUUCAGUUUUUUGGUUGUCGCAUUUUACGCGUUCUUGGGGCUUUUUCUUGGAAAUAAGACUCUUGAGAUCACGAUAACUAGUGUUUUCUCCGUUGUGGUGGUUUCGGUUAUUUAUUUCUUUGUAAGGUGUACUGCAAUAGACCCGACUGAUAAAACUAGUUUUAAGAAGAAAAGAAAAGUGAAUACGAGAGGGUUUGCAAAGCUUAAUUAUGGUUUCUUAUUUAGUCAGCUUUUAUUGAGGUUUUUUAGGAGACUGGAGAGAAAGAUACUGAAGCAUUGUAUAAGAAGGAAGUAUCUGGAUCCAUUGAGCACCAAUGUUCAGAUUGAACCCUUACUGCCGUUCCUACUUGUUAUUAAAGAUGAUGCAUUGGCACCUGAUUUGAAAGACGAUGAUAUCACGUUUUGCUCUUACUGUGAUUUUGAGGUUAAAAAGACCAGCAAGCACUGCAGGACUUGCAACCGCUGUGUUGAAGGAUUUGAUCACCAUUGCAGAUGGUUGAACAAUUGUGUCGGGAAGAAGAACUACACCACAUUCUUUCUUCUAAUGGUUUUCGUCUUGUUAAUGCUUAUUAUAGAAGGAGGAACUGCCAUUGCAAUUUUUGUGAGGUGUUUUACAGAUAAAAAAGGCAUAGAGGCGGAGCUAGAGAAGAGACUGUACCUAGAGUUCCCAAGAGGAGUUCUUGCAGCAAUAUCGGUGUUUUUGGUUCUGUUGACUGCAUAUGGAUCUGCUGCUUUGGGACAGCUUUUCUUCUUUCACGUGGUUCUCAUUCGAAAGGGAAUGAGAACGUAUGAUUACAUAUUGGCAAUGAAGGAAGCGAACGAAUCUUUAGAAAUAGACCCAUCCAGUGAUUCGGGAUUUUCUUCUGAUGAUAGUUCCGACUUUGAUUCUCCAGAAAAACCCACAUUUAUAUCCCGAUUUGUAUGCGAUGGACACAAAACUACCUUUCAAACCCCUGCAAGAUUAUCCAUCAGAAUUGACGGGGAACCCAAUCCAUCAGCACUAAACAAGAAGCCUGGCUUCCGGGCAAACAUUGACCCAUGGAAACUGAUAAAGAUGAGCAGUGAAAAGGCUCUAUUAGCAGCAGAGAAGACCAGAGAAAGGAUCAUGAAACAGACGUCUACAAAAGAGCUCGAGUCAUUAAAGCCACUACCACUGGAAAUGAAAAGUGGACCCUUACUGAUGAACCCAGAGAAGAAGAACAUAGACAGUACAGAUUCAGGAAUAACACCUAUUAUUACUAAAGGUUGGUUCCCAGGAUCUCCAGGGUUGUUUUCAAGUCCAAGAAGGCGACAUUCAGGUUCCCCAACAAUAUUUUCUGGUGUAGUUCCUUCACCAAAACAAAAGUAUCGAAGCAACUUUGAUCUGAAACUAACGGGGGUGUCACAGGAACUCGAUACAUACAUCUCAAGGCAGGUUCUUAAUUCUAUUUUGAAGAAAGACGGAGACGAGGCAUCUCCUGGAUAGAAUGCAGUAGCAAUAAACUCGAAUUGAUAAGAGUGCUUGUUUUUUGUUUCUCAGCCUCUGAGAAAGAAUUGUUAUCUGGGGUUCUUGUAUGUAUAACUUAUUUAUAUUUAAUCUUUACCUUCAGGU